AUGGUGUGGAUGAUGAGAGAGGGAGACGGGGUGGUGAUGCCGAAGCUGAAGCGCGUGAAGCGAGGGCUGCGCGACCACCUGAGCGGCGGGACCGCGGCGAUGCGCGAGGCGCUGUGGACGGCCGCCGUCUACGUGUCGCUCUCGGUGUGGCACUACCUCUUCUUCCACCAGUUCCUUCUCUUCGCUCUCCUCUUCGCCGCCUUCGAGCUGGCCCCCACCUACGCCCACGUCCUGGCAUUCCUCACUGUCGGUUACCUCUAUUUCUACUUUGACGGGUCGGAACGGACGGGUAAGCGCCGGUGGGAGUGGUUCCUCACCUCGUGGAUCACCGACGCCCUCACCGACUACUUCCCCAUGAAGCUCAUCCGCACCAAGGAGCUGCCGCCGGGCCAGUACAUCUUCGGGGUCCACCCACACGGGGUGAUGCCGUUCUCGGCGUUCCCCAUCGGCAAGACCUCCCAGUGGCCCAAGCUCUUCCCCGGCAUUCGCGUGCAGUCUCUGACGGCGUCGUGCCUGUUCAAGAUGCCCAUCACCCGCGAACUGGCCCUGUGGGCCGGAGGCAUCGACGCCUCGCGCGCCAAUGCCGAGCGUGCGUUGGAGAACAAGUUUAGUUUGCUGAUCCUGCCGGGCGGAUCGCUGGAGAUCUUGGAGGCCCACCCGCACCUCAGCGAGCAGGUGUUGGUGCUCGAGCGGCGCAAGGGCUUCAUCGAACUGGCCCUCAAGUACGGCAUCCCGCUGGUGCCCGUGUACUCCUUCGGCGCCACCGAACUCUACGACCAGUUGAACCUGGCCAAGUCGUGGCGCGAGUGGAUGAUCCAUCGCCUUCGGUUCGCGCCGACGAUCGCGUGGGGCACGUCGCCGUGGAAGCUGCUUCCGGCAAAGUGCCCGGUCUACGUGGUCGUGGGCGAGCCGGUGACGGUGGACCACGAGCCCAUGGCCCAGCCCACCAAGGAGGCCAUCGACGCCCUCCACGCCCGCUACAAGCAGGCCCUGCUCGCCCUCUUCGAGAAGCACAAGCACGCCUACGGCUACGGCAACUCGCGGCUCGUCAUCACCUGA